AGAAUUCGCAAACGCCGAUGGUACAACAGUCAAUGCUUGCUUUGCUUUGCUUUCAUUCAUUGCUUUCUCAGUUUCUCUUCGCUUUACUCCGAAUCUGUGUCCCCUGAAAACAUUUUUUUUUGUAGUGCAUGCUUUCUCAUCAUUUUCUCAGCUUCCAAACGGGAAAUUAGGGUUUGGGCUGCUUUGGGCUUUUUUUGCGUUCUUCGGCCCGAUGACUUAUAUGGUGGACGAUAAUAGCGACGGUGAGUUAGUACCUGAGCUGACGCUGAGAAUGGAGGGAGAUGAUACAAGGAAUGGGGACUAUUUGAAAUUGAGGGGAGGGAGCGAAGUGGAAGAGGGGGUUUGUGUUAAUGAGGUCGGGGAGCGGUCUUCUGGUUCCAAAUGGACGGGUUUCCUUUGGUAUUGGCUGAAAUUGGUUUUCUUGUUCGCGAGUUUGGCGGUUUUGGCUGGUGUUUUCCUCAAAUGGGUCGGGCCCUAUUUCAUGGACAAGGAUGUCAUCCCAAUCAUAAAUUGGGAGAGAAAAACAUUCUGUGCUCCAGUGUUGGCGGUUCUGGUCUUUGGCUCUAUUGCACUAUUCCCCACCCUACUUUUACCAUCUUCACCUUCUAUGUGGGUGGCUGGUAUGACAUUUGGUUAUGGCUUUGGAUUUCUGCUAAUUAUAACAGGGGCUGCUGUAGGCGUGUCACUUCCAUAUUUUAUUGGCUCUCUCUUUCUUCAUAAACUUCAAGGGUGGUUAGAGAAAUAUCCGAAGAGAGCUGCAAUUUUAAGAGCAGCUGGUGAAGGAAAUUGGUUCAAUCAGUUUCGUGCAGUAACGUUAAUCAGGAUUUCUCCAUUUCCAUAUAUCAUUUAUAAUUAUUGCGCCGUGGCAACAAAUGUGAAGUAUGGCCCAUAUAUCUUGGGGUCCUUGGUGGGAAUGGUACCGGAAAUAUUUCUCGCCAUGUAUACUGGGAUACUCAUAUGGACUCUGGCAGAUGCUUCACACGAUCAGCACUCCCUUUCAGCAAUACAAAUCAUGCUCAACAUUUUUGGGUUCUUAGCAACUGUGGCAACCACUAUCAUCAUCACAGCCUACGCGAAAAGGAAGCUAAAGGAAUUGCAGCAUGACGAUGAUGAAUUACUACUGCAGUAGGCUUCUGGUAGGUGUUACGAUGAAAGCAUUAGCCCACAUGCCAGGUUGAUUACAAGCAAUGGGCAGGUGGAUGAGGUUUUAUUGUUCUCUUCCUCUUCCAUGAAACUGACUAUAUGACACAGCGGCAUACAUAAUGCCCUCACGUACAUUGUGGAAGGAGGAUAGGGAAAGCGCUAACUGACCAACAUUGACUUUCAAGGGUUUCUCAUUUUAUUAUUUUUAACUUUUUUCCCUUGAAAGCUUUUUUCAAAGCUCUCCUUGUACUCCUCUCAACUGUCAUUUGUACAUAAUUGAAAGGUGAAACUGAACUUAAUCAGAAUUCUUGAUUCUAUAUCAAUACAGAAAAUGUUUUCUCUCC